GGAGGAAAAAAUAGGUUUAACCCGGUACUAGCAAGGUGGACCUGAUAAAGUGGUAAGUUUAUCUUUCUGUUCUCAUAAACGGGGAAAAGUAAUUCUGGCGUAACCUCUGCAGCUGGUAAUCAUUAUGAAAAUGUAUAAAUUAUUGAGACUGUUGUACAACCAGCCAACCUGCUUCUCAACAUCCAUCAUCAUUUUUAUUUAUUGUCUCUAAAUGGAAACUUUGUUUACCAAAAGGUCCACAAGAAAACAUUAGAACAUCAAACAAUAAAAUCUCCAAUCACAUACACCAAAUGUGACUGUCCAAAAAAAUCGCCAUGAAAACCAGUAAGGAAAUAAAAACUGAGAAAAAAAAUCAUUAUGUGGAUUUUUGAGGAAAUGAGUGCUGAAGCUGAAAUACAUUGCUUUUACCAUCUGACACUUGGGGGAAAAUUUUACAGGGUGCCAUUAGUGUCAAAUAUAAGGGAAUGAACAAAUAACCAGUGUAGCUGUUUUGACUGAAGGACUUGCUGGGUAUCUGAACUACUUAACUGCUGAUGAGAAUUUGCUAUUAACAGCAAAUAAAAUGCAAAAUACAUAAAUUUACUCUUUCUAAAGAAAAGUGAAUGCAGCAGCAUUUGAACUUGAUAGUUGGUAUAGACUACAUCUUUGGCAGCAUAUGCAACAAAAUAAUGUUUAAUGCAUUUUUAAAUAUCUGUCUGUGUAGUCAUUUUGGGUCCUUUGACAAAUAAUGUGUGAACUCAUCCUCCUACUUGACCUACUAAUCAGCCUGACUCCAGGCUGUUCGUGACAGUGGAAAGAGGAGGAGGUGGCUGCUCUCGCGCCUCCGGACAGAGAGGGAUCUGAGGGAUGGGCACCGAGGCCCUCGUCUGAUCCCUCCAUCCUCCCGGCGACGCGUUGCGUUGUGACGCCGGGCCGUUUGUCGAGCGCGUUGCGUGGGUUCAGCAUCCGCCUCGUUAUGUAAUGCAUCGGAUGCUGCAGCACGGAUCAGAUUAGGAGGAGGAAAAGUGACGGAUUGCUUAUAGAAUGAUGAAUAACGGUGUGCACGUUUAUUAGUGAGUAUCUAGGCGGAUGCGAUGCUGACUGUAUCGUUGGAGCGCAGCGUGAAGAGAGCGCGUCUGAACAUCAGUGGCCUGAGGUGCGCAGACGGAGAAUCCGAGUCUUUCGGAACACGUGAGCAAGAUCUAUACAGUUGCGUCCACUAAAAAAAAGAAUGUGGUGUAGAAAUGGCACCCUUUCCAAAAGUAUAAACCCGUGUUAUCUGCGCGCCUUAUACUGAGCCUGGGCCGGCAGACGUCUGGAGCCUGCGAAGCAGUGCAUCUGUCCUCGUCGCCAACUAGAGGCGCGUCCCUGUUUUAGACUCCCGCUUACAUCAGUGGAAGGAAACCAAUGCGGAUUUGUUUUAGACAGGACGACGGAUCGUAUUUUUCUCGUUAUUUUCUCGCCGGUUUAAUCCAACAGCCGCUGAGCUGUAGUGUAAAUAAUGGCGGGUCCCGAGCAGUCCCAGCAGCAGCAGCAGGUAGAGGAGAAGGCGGAGCGCAUAGAUGAUGCUGAGAUGGCUCUGCAAGGCAUAAACAUGCUCCUCAACAACGGAUUCAAAGAAAGCGACGAGCUUUUCAAGAGAUACAGGACACAGAGCCCAUUGAUGAGCUUUGGGGCCAGUUUUGUCAGCUUCCUGAAUGCUAUGAUGACAUUUGAGGAGGAGAAGAUGCAGACCGCCUGUGACGACCUGAGGACCACCGAGAAACUGUGUGAGAGCGACAGCGCGGGAGUGUUAGAGACAAUCAGAAACAAGAUUAAAAAGAGUAUGGACUCCCAAAGGUCAGGCGUGGUGGUGGUGGACCGCCUGCAGAGACAAAUCAUUGUCGCCGACUGCCAAGUGUACCUGGCCGUUCUGUCAUUCGUCAAACAAGAACUCUCAGCAUAUAUUAAAGGAGGCUGGAUUCUCCGUAAAGCAUGGAAGAUGUACAAUAAAUGCCACAGCGACAUCAGCCAGCUACAGGAAACCUGUCAGCGGAGGUCGUCUGGCAACCACGAGACCUUCUCAGCUGACAACGCCAAUCACAAUGAACCGGUGGAGAACGGUGUGACAGCAGAGGCCCUGGACCGACUCAAGGGCUCCGUCAGCUUCGGCUAUGGCCUCUUCCACCUGUGUAUAUCAAUGGUACCACCACACCUGCUCAAGAUUAUCAACCUCCUGGGUUUCCCCGGUGACCGUCUCCAGGGCCUGUCCUCCCUCAUGUACGCCAGUGAGAGCAAAGACAUGAAAGCACCUCUAGCUACGUUGGCCCUCUUGUGGUACCACACAGUGGUGCUGCCUUUCUUUGCUCUGGACGGCUCUGACACAAAUGCUGGUCUGAUGGAAGCCAAAGCUAUUCUCCAGAGAAAGUCGGUUGUGUACCCCAACUCCUCCCUCUUCAUGUUCUUUAAGGGACGAGUUCAAAGGCUAGAGUGCCAUAUCAACAGUGCUUUGGCCUGUUUCCAUGAUGCAUUAGAACUUGCAUCAGACCAAAGAGAGAUCCAGCAUGUGUGUCUCUAUGAGAUUGGUUGGUGUAGUAUGAUAGAGAUGAAUUUUGAAGAUGCCUACAGAGCAUUUGAAAGACUGAAGAAUGAGUCCCGCUGGUCACAGUGCUACUAUGCCUACCUGACUGGAGUGUGUCAGGGUGCUUCAGGGGAUCUGGAUGGAGCAAGUGGCGUUUUCAAAGAUGUGCAGAAGCUUUUCAAGAGAAAAAACAACCAGAUAGAGCAGUUUGCUGUCAAAAGGGUUGGAAUUACCUUAACUAAUACACAUUUCAGUUUUUUUUCCCCCUAUUCUGAAAGAUGUCAUAAAUGUUUCCUUCUGUUUGAUUCAUAUCUGCAGGCUGAGAGAUUGAGAAAAGUCUCACCCACCAGAGAGCUAUGCAUCCUGGGCGUCAUCGAAGUGCUUUAUCUCUGGAAAGCACUUCCAAACUGCUCCUCAUCGAAACUGCAGAUAAUGAAUCAGGUAUUACAGAGUUUAGAUGAUGCAUCGUGCAGAGGCCUGAAGCAUCUCCUUCUCGGUUCCAUUCAUAAAUGCCAUGGAAACAUGAGAGAUGCUGUUCAGUCAUUCCAGCUGGCUGCUAGAGAUGAAUAUGGACGACAGAUCAACUCAUACAUUCAGCCUUAUGCCGUCUAUGAGCUGGGAUGUAUACUCAUUGCAAAACCAGAGACGGUGGGAAAGGGAAGAUCAUUUCUUCUUCAAGCCAAGGAGGAUUUUACAGGCUACGACUUUGAAAACCGACUUCAUGUUCGCAUCCAUUCAGCCUUGGCUUCUUUGAAGGAAAUGGUGCCUCAGUAACUCCGGGAAAGAAAGCUUUCAUGAGCUGAGCUUUGCACAAAGUUUAAAGCUACACAGUCACUGUUUGACAUCCUGGUCAUCAGACUCCUGUGUUUUUCAUUCCUGAAUAAUUUGAAGACAUAGUGUACGUGUGUUUGUCACCUUACCCAGUCAGACUGAUAAAACGGUGCCAUCUCUGUGCAUUUUGUACAGCAAUGUAGACUUGUGUACAUAUUAACACACAGGUAGAUGUAGGGGUUGUAAGAAUUUACGAUUCCUAAAAACUCUAAAGUUAAACUGGUGCAGAUGUGUUUUGUUAGCCUGUAAGCUAAUCACCAGUGCAAUUAUACCUGAGUUUUAAUAUUGCUGGGUUGGCAAGUAUUUUAUUGCUGCACAACUAUUGUGACUGGGGUGUGAUAUAAAUAAAUAAUAAUAAUAAUAAUAAACUGUAUAGAUAUGGCAACUUUGGAGGUUUUAGAGGGUGUUUUAGAAGUGCUUUGCUAGCUGUCUACCCUCCAUUUCCUGUUGUUGUGCUAAGCUAAACUAGUCACCAAUGCGAUCAUUCCCAAGUUUAAAUACUGCUGGGUGCAAACCUGUCAAAUAUUAUGAUGCUACAGAACUAUUGAGACUGUAAGGUGUGAUAAAUUUUAAAAAGCUUUAUAACUAUAUAAACUUUUAUAUAGGUUUUAGAGGGUGUUUUAGAAGCUAGCUGUCUUCCCCCAUUUCUUGUUUUUGUGCUAAGUUAGGCUAGCACACCCCAAACCUGUUUCUGGACUAGAUGCACAGAGAUGAAACUGCUAAACAUCUUCAACCACAGACAAAAUUAACAUUUGUAUCUCAUCAAAUCUCCAGCUAAGUCUACUUUUAAAUGUUUUCCUCACUGCUAUGUGUUUGAUGGUUGGUAAAAUCUUUAACUUGUGCAUUUAGAGGGUUUUAAUUAUGCUUCUCUGUUCAGAGAGUUCAACACAUAAAAUGAUCUUAGAUUAGGAUAUUUCUCUUAGAAAUAAUUAUACAAAAAUAACAUACACACAAACGUGUUUUUCACAUUUAUUCUCAUUUAGUCUUACUCCAUAAAAUAGGUUAGGUAAAUGCCAGUUCUUCACGGCAUAAAAUGGAAGUUCAUUAUAAAUGUUAUCAGUUAAAUCUUGGUUAAUAUUAGGUUUUAUAUUUACUUAGAGGGGACUCUGUCAUUUGAAAAAAGGUUUAAUUGACAUUUAACUAUUUUAGAAGUACUUUUUCUAAUUGUGUUUCCUUGGGCAAGAAGAGAUGGAAUUGUGUACAUUUUAGAUAUAUUAAGCCAAUACCUACACAGGUGAGUCCUAUCGUGGAUUGUGUUUUGUCAGGUAAUCAAUGCCAUAAAGUAAGUGUGCAUAACUUCUGGCAUCUUCCCCUUUGAGUGAGAAAAAUACAAAGAAGAAUAUAAGGUAGCCAUAUAUAUACAAACAUGAACUGGCCAAAGAAGAGAGAUUUAAAUAAACAGUGUGCAUGAAUUCUCUCUACUCUUGCCUAAGGAUAUUUUCAUGUUUUCUCUUGUGCAUCUGAGCUCUGACCAUCCUGAUUAAAUUCCAAAAUAUGCUUGUUUCUUGAUUGAAUCCGUUGCAAUAGAGAUCACGUAUAGUCUUAGUGGAGAUAGACAGGCAGAUUAAAAGUCUAAUCACUCAUCAAUGGUCACCUCCAGUCACACAGAGUAACGAUGAAGUAGUUGGACAUUGUGCAUUUAUAGUAAAUGAGAUCACCACACCUCACAGUUCCCUUAUAGUGCAUUUUUAACAUUUAGUAUAUCAUUUGGCACAGAGCCUGUGCACUAUGCAUGGCAUGGCUGGGUAACAGUGGCUGUAAAACUGUACUGAAGUCAAAUGUACUGUUAUAUCCAUUCCUGAAUUUACAUUGAACAGUAUAUAACGGUACCUUCUGUACUGUAAUGUUGCCUCUUGAAAGGUGCUGCUAAAUGUCAGCAAUGUAUUACUACAAUUUAUUUAAAUAGUGUUUCAAUAACAGAGGCUUUGGAUUAAGUUCAUAAUAGUGAUAAGUUUAUUUAUUACACAAGCGGAAAGUUUACUUUUACAGGCAAUAUCUUUGUUGCUUUGUUUUCAGCUAAUAUUAGCAACCAAGAUAAUUCAGAUAUAUGAUUUUAUAGGAGAAAAAAACAUUCAGGAGCAUAAUUUUAAAAACCUUUCUAAAUUGUUUCAAGCUGUACAUAUAUGUCUUUUAUUAACAAGUACUCUGUGUUUUUGUCAUCCGAGCAAUAUAAGCAAAUCACGGACAGUGUAUCGUAAUUUAAAAAGGCUUUCAACGGUGGCUGGUAGCGUUUUUUCAUUUCAUGUUUAAAUUUGUGGACUUAUGUAUUUGUUUUUCUUUCACUAAUCUAUUAAGGCAAUGCUUGUCAUCUCUUGUGACUGUGAUGGAUGUAAAUUGUGGUAAAUAUUGAGGUGACUGCUGUUCAAGCAGUCAGUGCAAUGAAGUAGUAUUACAGCAAAAUAUCAAUAAGAUGCUACCUACCUGCUGUACCAAAUACCUCUUACACUAGAAGAUUUUGUCAUGAGGUUUUAUUGAAAUUGAAGUUCUAAAUUAAGACGAUGCGCCCAUGUGUCACUUAACUGAAGAAUAAAUUGUUCUCCAUCAGUCUGGGGAAAUAGUUGCUGUGUCUGUUUAACACUGAGUUUCUUUUUAUUGAGAUGCUGUAUUUAAGGAAAACAUACCAAUCUGUAGUUUGCAAUGCCUGCAAUUGAUCCUAUAAUCAAGAAAAAACUGUAAAGUUCAGAAGAUGA